UAUCAUAUACAUAAGGCUGAUGAUUGACAUUUCUUAUUCAAAAUUCAGUACAUUAGUAUCUCCUGAAGAUCAAAAUGGCCCAUUUAUUGAUGAAUUCAUUAUAGUUGAUCAAUAGGGAUCAGUGGACGAGUAUCCUGAAUUUAAACCACAAGGUUUGAGAUUCAAAUACUGAAGCACUUGUGUUGUUUGGCAAGGUUGUUAUGUAGGUUUCAUCAUUUAAAUUCUCUCGCAUUCAUAUACUCUAUUUUUUAUUGCCUUAUGUUUCACCACUUGCUUUAUAAGUUAACUUUAAUUGAUUUAUGAUUUAAUUUCAAACAAGCACCACAAACAUCCGAUUUGAGCAGAAACCACUUCUGCUAUAAAGUAGAAAGUGCCUCUUCUGCUUCCGUCAUUUCAACUGUUCAAUGUUUGCCUGUGUCAUUUUUUGUUACCUCUCUCUUUGUCUAAAAACUGACUAUGUUUAAAAGGUUCAGUGUAAGUUACCUAUAUCUAAUAUAUUUGCUUAAUAGCUAUGUUUGAAUACAAAUAUGGAAGACGGGACUUAUGAAUCACUUGAUUUGCUUAAUUUUUAUUGUUGCUCUGUAUGUAUUCUGAUACACCAGAAGCUGUGACUCAAACACCAGAACUACCAACAACAACAACAAGCACUACAACUUCAAGCACUGAACAAACUCAUCCCGUCAAUAUCGAGGGAGGUACUUUCACUCUUCAAGACGGAGACCAUAUGCACAUCUCUUCGCCAAACUAUCCUGCCUCCUAUCCAUCUCGCACCGACGUAGAAUGGGUCGUCAGCAUACCUGAGAACUGCUCUUUGAUUCUUAACGUCACCAACUUUUCCACCGAGAGCAAUUAUGACACGCUUAAAAUAGGCUGUGCAUCGGAAGCGGACAACCCGGGUACUACCCUUGCAACAUUCUCAGGUUUCCUGGAGCCAUUUAUUCGAACUUAUGCACCAUGUAGAUUCAUGAAGAUCCGCUUCAGUAGUGAUAGUUCUGUGCAGUACAGUGGAUUCGAGGCAGAACUAAGAGCUUCUUGUCUGACAGACGAAGCUGUUACUCGAAUCCACGAAAUUCCAACAUCAACAACAUCGGCAACCAACACCUCAGCAAUUUCAAACACAGAACAUCCAGUCAACAGUCAAGGAGGUAACUUUACUCUUGGAGAUGGAGACCAUAUGCACAUCUCUUCGCCAAACUAUCCUGCCUUCUAUCCAUCUCGCUCUGAAGUAGAAUGGAUCGUCAGCAUACCUGAGAACUGCUCUUUGAUUCUUAACGUCACCAGCUUCUUCAUCGAAAGCAAUUUUGACAAGCUUAGAAUAGGCUGUGCUUCCGAAGCAGACCGCCCGGCUACUACCCUUGCAACAUUUUCAGGUUCCCUGCAGCCAUUCAUUCGAACUUAUGCACCAUGUAGAUUCAUGAAGAUCCGAUUCAGUAGUGAUAGUUCUGUGCAGUACAGUGGAUUUGAGGCAGAAUUAAGAGCUUCUUGUGGGACAGAAGAAGCUGUUACUCAAAUCCACGAAGUUCCAACAACAUCAACGAUAUCGGCAACCACCACCACAUCAAUUUCAAACACAGAACAUCCAGUCAACAGUCAAGGAGGUAAUUUCACUCUUCAAGACGGAGACCAUAUGCACAUCUCUUCGCCAAACUACCCUGCCUCCUAUCCAUCUCGCGCUGAAGUAGAAUGGAUCGUCAGCAUACCUGAGAACUGCUCUUUGAUUCUUAACGUCACCAACUUUUCCACCGAGAGCAGUUACGACAAGCUUAAAAUAGGCUGUGCUUACGAAGCGGACAGCCCGGCUACUACACUUGCAACAUUUUCAGGUUCUUUACAGCCAUUCAUCCGAACUUACGCACCAUGUAGAUUCAUGAAGAUGCGAUUCAGUAGUGAUUGGUCUGUACAGUACCGUGGUUUUGAGGCGGAGUUAAGUGCUUCUUGUGAAACAGCAGAAGUCGUGACGCAAUUCUCCGAAACACCAACAACAUCAACAACCACCACAGCAAUUUCAAGCAUUGAGCAUCUACUCAACAGUCAGGGAGGUAAUUUCACUCUUGAAGAUGGAGACCAUAUGCACAUCUCUUCGCCGAACUACCCUGCUUCCUAUCCAUCUGGUACUGAAGUAGAAUGGAUUGCCAGAAUACCUGAGAACUGCUCUUUGAUUCUUAACGUCACCAAUUUUUCCACCGAGGGCAAUUAUGACAAGCUUGAAAUAGGCUGUGCUUCCGAAGCAGACCUCCCGGCUACUACACUUGCAACAUUUUCAGGUUCCCUACAGCCAUUCAUCCGAACUUAUGCACCAUGUAGAUUCAUGAAGAUCCGAUUCAGUAGUGAUAGGACUGUGCAGUACCGUGGAUUUGAGGCAGUGUUAAGUGCUUCCUGUGGGACAGCAGAAGCCGUGACGCAAAUCCACGAAGAACCAACAACAACAACAACAACAACAACAGCAACGACGGCAACCAGCACCACAUCAGUUCUCAGACAGGAUGUGACUACUCCAGUUCCGUGGGCUGUAAGUGGGAAUGUGUACUCUACAGGAGGCAAUUUCACUCUUGAAGAUGGGGACCAUCUGCACAUAUCUACGCCUAACUACCCUGGAGAAUACCCACCAAGAGCCAGAAUAGAAUGGAGUUUAAACAUGGCCGAAAACUGCUCCCUGGUUAUCAGUUUUAUCAGCUUUUACACCGAGGACACUUUUGACAAUCUUUACAUAGCCUGCAGAUCCGAAGCUGACAGCACUGAAACGAUACUUGACAGCUUUACGGGUUUUCUGGAGCCUUUCAUCCAAACCUAUGAACCGUCGAGAUUUAUGCACAUCCACUUUAUAAGUGAUUCUUUAUUUGCGUAUCAGGGUUUCGCAGCAGAAUUAAGAGCUUCCUGUGGUGAGCCAGAUGAAACAACUGCAAGGCACACUACGCAGGAUUCUAGGGCAGAAGCCGUGACGCAAAUCCACGAAGAACCAACAACAACAACAACAACAACAACAACAACAGCAACGACGGCAACCAGCACCACAUCAGUUCUCAGACAGGAUGUGACUACUCCAGUUCCGUGGGCUGUAAGUGGGAAUGUGUACUCUACAGGAGGCAAUUUCACUCUUGAAGAUGGGGACCAUCUGCACAUCUCUUCGCCGAACUACCCUGGAGAAUACACACCAAGAGCCAGAGUAGAAUGGAGUAUAAACAUGGCCGAAAACUGCUCCCUGGUUAUCAGUUUUAUCAGCUUUUACACCGAGGACACUUUUGACAAUCUUUACAUAGCCUGCAGAUCCGAAGCUGACAGCACUGAAACGAUACUUGACAGCUUUACGGGUUUUCUGGAGCCUUUCAUCCAAACCUAUGAACCGUCGAGAUUUAUGCACAUCCACUUUAUAAGUGAUUCUUUAUUUGAGUAUCAGGGUUUCGCAGCAGAAUUAAGAGCUUCCUGUGGUGAGCCAGAUGAAACAACUGCAAGGCACACUACGCAGGAUUCUAGGGCAGAAGCCGUGACGCAAAUCCACGAAGAACCAACAACAACAACAACAACAACAGCAACGACGGCAACAAGCACCACAUCAGUUCUCAGACAGGAUGUGACUACUCCAGUUCCGUGGGCUGUAAGUGGGAAUGUGUACUCUACAGGAGGCAAUUUCACUCUUGAUGAUGGGGACCAUCUGCACAUAUCUACGCCUAACUACCCUGGAGAAUACCCACCAAGAGCCAGAAUAGAAUGGAGUAUAAACAUGGCCGAAAACUGCUCCCUGGUUAUCAGUUUUAUCAGCUUUUACACCGAGGACACUUUUGACAAUCUUUACAUAGCCUGCAGAUCCGAAGCUGACAGCACCGAAACGAUACUUGACAGCUUUACGGGUUUUCUGGAGCCUUUCAUCCAAACCUAUGAACCGUCGAGAUUUAUGCACAUCCACUUUAUAAGUGAUUCUUUAUUUGCGUAUCAGGGUUUCGCAGCAGAAUUAAGAGCUUCCUGUGGUGAGCCAGAUGAAACAACUGCAAGGCACACUACGCAGGAUUCUAGGGCAGAAGCCGUGACGCAAAUCCACGAAGAACCAACAACAACAACAACAACAACAACAGCAACGACGGCAACAAGCACCACAUCAGAUGUGACUACUCCAGUUCCGUGGGCUGUAAGUGGGAAUGUGUACUCUACAGGAGGCAAUUUCACUCUUGAAGAUGGGGACCAUCUGCACAUCUCUUCGCCGAACUACCCUGGAGAAUACACACCAAGAGCCAGAGUAGAAUGGAGUAUAAACAUGGCCGAAAACUGCUCCCUGGUUAUCAGUUUUAUCAGCUUUUACACCGAGGACACUUUUGACAAUCUUUACAUAGCCUGCAGAUCCGAAGCUGACAGCACCGAAACAAUACUUGACAGCUUUACGGGUUUUCUGGAGCCUUUCAUCCAAACCUAUGAACCGUCGAGAUUUAUGCACAUCCACUUUAUAAGUGAUUCUUUAUUUGCGUAUCAGGGUUUCGCAGCAGAAUUAAGAGCUUCCUGUGGUGAGCCAGAUGAAACAACUGCAAGGCACACUACGCAGGAUUCUAGGGAUGUGACUUCUCCAGUUCCGUGGGCAGUAGGUGGUAAUGUGGACUCUACAGGUGGGUCGAUCACCCUCAGGGAAGGAGAAGAUUAUUACAUUGGAACUCCUAACUAUCCAAGCAACUAUCCAGGAGAUACGAGCGUGUUAUGGCAGGUAAACACCUCUGAUGCUUGCUCCAUCAACAUCACAUUCCUGGCUUUCCGCACGGAGCCCUUGUACGACUACCUGGUGCUUGGCUCGCAGGAAGUGAAACCUAAGAACGUGGUGCAGCGUUGGACCGGAGGGGAGGUUCCCGCAUCGUUUCAUGUGAAUUCUAACAAGGCAUGGCUGCUCUUCGUGUCUGAUGCCGAGAUUGAAGAGCAGGGAUUCGUGGCCAAGUUACAGACUGUGUGUUCAAACGUACCAGCUUACUUGGAGGAUGUGCGCUUGGUCGGUGGCGUUGGGCCACACGAAGGGAGGGUCGAAGUCCUUCACAAUGGCCAAUGGGGAACUGUCUGUGAAGACCUCUGGGAGCAGACGGAUGCUGACAUCGUUUGUAGGAUGCUGGGCUAUGAAGGGGCCGACGCGCAGUACUCGACCCAUGACAUGUGGUGGAUUUCCGGAGGCUCAGGACCUAUCCUGAUGGACAAUGUGAUCUGCCAAGGCAAGGAGACCAGUCUUGAUCAAUGCAGCCAUCUCGGCUUUGGAGUGCACAACUGUGACCACUCCAAAGAUGUUGGUGUGAACUGUAGAACAGAUGCUCAUCCAUCCAGCGAGGAUCCAUCCAUGAUCCGCCUCGUCAACGGCAGCCGACCAAACGAGGGUCGGGUUGAAGUCUUCGACGGCAAAAGCUGGAGCACGGUCUGCGACGACUACUGGGGGAUAGACGAUGCACACGUGGCUUGUCGGAUGCUGGGAUACGACCGGGCCGAGGUGGCUUACGGAGAGGCCAAGUUCGGCCAGGGAACCGGUAGCAUUUUCCUGGAUGAUCUUUCUUGCAUCGGGACAGAGACCAGCCUACUUGCGUGCGAUCGCGGCCAUGGUUCCGAUUGUUCUCAUGCAGAAGACGCAGGUGUUCGGUGCUUCGUAACAGCAUAAACUUGAGACAACUUUGAUUAUAGCCCAAGGGCGGAAAUCUCUCCUCAAAGGUAGGGGGACCAGGGGCUUGGAA